AUGUUUGAUAAAUCAAAGAAAAUCCUAAAUAGUUUGGGUAAUUAAACCAUAGACACUUGCGACAUAUAUGGAUAAUUACCAAAUUUUAGAGUGCUUGAAAAAGCGAGAUAUACUACUUUAGUUGGAUGUUGUAUGACCUUCCUUAUAGGGUCAGCUACCUUGAUUUAUUUAAUAACUGAAUUAAUUACAUUAAUUGAUCAAGCAGAGCCAAGUGUUGUGUAAUCGGAGAAGCAAAUAUUUAACUCAACAGUAUUAGUUUUUGUUAUAAAGUAAUUUCCACUGUAUAACGAUAACUUUACAUUAGCGAUAACCAUAGCAAAUCAAAAUUCGGAGCCAAUUGAAGGAAACUUGAAGUAUUACAAUAUCACUGUGAAUUAAUGUGUGAGGAUGAGAAAUGUUAAUUAUAAAACAGGGAGUGUCAAUGUUACAUUGAAGUAUGAGUUGCUUAAAACUAGUUGUACAAGUCUUCCAAUAGCACCAUGUAAAAAGGAAGAUUUCAAUAAUGAAUUGCAACGCGACUUCUUUGAGAAUACAAGAUUAGGCGUAGUUUAGUGUUUAGAUCGAGAAUAUUUAUAAAGAAACCCGCCAGUUUUACAGGGACAAAUAUCUGGAUCUUUGUACUAGUACUUGGUAAUUCAAUUAAGUGUUUGCAAAAAUAGCACAGAAUAUUAAGGUUGUGCACCCAAAGAAGAAAUAUAUAAAGUUUUAUCAGCAGGUCAUUAUUCUGUAUAUGCCAGUGAUUAUUUGAUGCAAUUGAAUAAUCCAGGCCAACCUUAUUCCCAAUUAAUUAAUUUGGAUAUUAACAGCUUUUCAAUCACCACCUCUAAAAUGUUGUAGUGGACUUAUAGAAUAGUGGAAACUCACACAGAUGAUGGUUUGCUUCUCUCAACGGAUAGGGUAGACUUAAAUCUGGUUAAACAAGAUAGGAGAGAAUAUUCAGAGUUGUACAAUGACAAUUAUUUAGUGUAUCAUUAUAUUCAACUGGAUUAUAAGAAGAUCAUAUAUCGUAGGACCUAUAUCAAAUUACAGACUAUAUUAAGUAAAAUCGGCGGUAUUUGGUAAUUCUUUGUGAUACUAACCGCCAUAAUCUUGAAUCCUUUGAUCAACAAUCUGAUGACAAUCUCAAUUGCUAACGAGUUAUAUCGAUUUCCAAAGACUCAAAAUUCUAAACAUUCACAUCAAAAAAUCAAUUUAAACAAUCAAACAAAGGACGAUCCUAUCUUUGAUGACCCAUUAUCUAUGAUAGGAUAGGAUCAGCUGCCUAAGAAAGAGGAGAGACUAUCUAAAAAUCUAUAUGAAUCUUUCUUCAUUUUACUUGGAUGCAAUAAAAAGAAAGGAGAAAUGUUUACAAAAGUGAAACAGGAAAUCUUGAGACAAUUGGAUAUUGUCAAGAUAAUAGAGAAAUUACAUUAGAUAGACAUGCUUAGAUUAGUACUCCUAAAUGAAGAAUAAAAUAAUUUAUUUGAUUUACUUCCUAAACCUCUACUGCAAAUUGGAUAAGAAAAUCCUGACAAUUUAGCUGAUGAAUUCUUCUAAGAGAUGGAAUUACAAAAGAGUUUUAGAAUGAUUAAAAAUAAAAAACUUCAGACUAAACUUAAAGAUUAUUACUCUUCAUUCUCCUCCUUACAACAAGAUAGACACAAAAGCAUAAUAGAUGAUAAAUUAUUGCAUAUGAUCGACAAGAACAUAGUGCAGUUUUUUGAGUAGAUCCAAAGCUCCCAGUAGCGCAAUCUUAAUCUAAGUCCAGUUGAUCCUCUAUUCAGAUCCAAGAACGAAGAGUCCAUAAUGGAACCUUAAAUUCAAAAACCCAAGUGA